AAAACAAACAAAAUGGCGCUUAAAAGAAUUAAUAAAGAAUUGCAUGACUUAGGAAGGGACCCACCUUCAUGCUGUUGCGCUGGUCCUAUUGGAGAUGAUCUUUAUCAUUGGCAAGCGACAAUUAUGGGCCCCGCUGACACGCCAUACUCAGGUGGUAUGUUUUUUCUUGCUAUUCAUUUUCCUAUAGAUUACCCGUUAAAACCACCAAAGGUUAGCUUUACAACAAGAAUAUAUCAUCCAAAUAUUAACAGUUCUGGAAGUAUAGGCCUAGAUAUUCUAAGAGAUGCAUGGAAUCCAGCACUUACAAUUUCAAAAGUACUCUUGUCAAUUUGCUCAUUUUUGUACGACACAGACCCAAUACAUCCACUUGUACCUGAAGUUGCUCACGUACUCAAGACCGAUCGUGCUCGUUAUGAUGCUACUGCUCGAGAAUGGACUCGUAGAUAUGCUGGUAAAUAUGUUAUAUGA